UGUUGGAAAGAAUCGGGGGUAACGAUGGUUCCCGGCAGGCUGAAGUGCAAUGAGUGACUUCACUGAUUACAGUCGUGGUCUUGCUACUGAUCUCAUUAUCUCCCUUCCUAAAUUAUUCCCUCCCUGCUUAUCUCCCUGUGCUCGUGGCUUGUCUUCAUGCAUCCACACCACUUUCUUUCCACCUUGCCUCCAUGCGUCUUGUCUGAGUUCUCGGGGUUUCCAGCCAGACAUGUUUUGAGGUAGGCUACCUGACAAAGAUGGCGCACAUGCUAUCUACUGGUUUUAAGUGCAUAGCAGGGGAGGAUAGACAGACACACCGGCAAUCAGAUAGGUAGAUAUACCAAAGAGAAGGCUACGCUGAUGAUGGUCAAAUACCUUUUCAUAUUGCAGACUCAGCUCAUAACAGUAGGAUGUAUAUAGAUGCCAUAACUCCGAUUGCCCAGGUGGAAUGGCUACAGUAAGUUAGCUUGUGAUGCUUUGUUUCCUCCUUACUUGACAUUCACAGUGCUGCUAUACUAUACAGCAGUGUCUUAGUGCCAUACUUAUACCAGCAGUAUUGAAGCAGUAUAUGUAUACCAAUACUGCUGUUGCAGCACGGUGUCCAGUCAUGAUGAGCGAGACAGUGGACGAGUUGGUGAUGGCCAGGCGGCGGAUGGAGCAUCAGAAGCUGAUCAACGAGCUGCACAGGACCAACAACAUCCUGGGCAUCUCCUUGCUGGUUACCUCACUCACAGCAGUACUCAUGGCCAUGGUGGUGUAUUCUUGCUUCGUCACACUUCAGUGCGUUCGAGUCACACUGAUAAAAAACCUGCUGGUCUCAGUCUUGUUCCAAGGACAUUUUACUCUUAUUCUGCAGGUACUUCUUUUCAUGGCACGGACUGAAAAUCUCCCCGACACUCGCUGCUUCUUUAAAAGAACCUCAUUCUGCGAGGCCAUCAUCUCGGGUCAAAGUUCUUCGAGCUGACCACUCUCUCCUGGAUGGCCGUCAUCUCCUACAACCAGUGGUGCCGGUCAAAGCCUAAGCUAAACAACAAAUUCUACUUCCUGAGGUUCUCACUGGCCGGGUGGAUCUCGCCAGGGCUACCCACGGCGAUCUGGGUGGGGCUGGUGGCUCGGAGGAACUCCUUCAAGUGCUGGAUGGGGCACACCGCCAUGAGCGAGAUCGCCGUGCUGGAGCUGUCCAAGCUCGUCUUCAUCCUGCUCAGCCUGCUGUUCCUGGUGGUCACCUACGCCAACCUCUACUACUCCAGGGAGAUCAUCAACGUGGAGGAAGUGCUGAAGCUGCGCACGCAGUGCCACCUCUUUGCCUGCGCGCUCUUCUGGCUGACAUUGGGUCACGUGAUCUACGUGUCCUGUGCGCACGCGCGGUAUACCUUGGACUACUUCUCCACGGCAGCCUGGACUUACAUCAUCAACGUCCUCUUGUCCUCCACCGGCCUGGUCACGUCCGUCUGCUUCUGCUUCGUCGACGCUGACGUCAGAGUGACGUUGCAAACUCCCAACAACCACCGGGUCCCCGCGUGAGUGUCCCAACACGAGUACACAGGUAUUGAUGACGAAACGUUAAAAUUACACGUACAGGUAAGGCAGGGAGUCGUUGAAAACAGCAAACAAAGUGGAUUUUGGACGGGACUUCUUAUCUCAGCACGAUAUCGGGCAUUGUUUACUUUCGUGUGUUAUGAUUGACACAAGCCAACGCGUGUGUAAACAGGGCGAGGAUAGUGCUACUUGCAACGCCGCACGAACCACAGCCGGAAUAGUUUCAUGUUCUCCUCUGCUUGGUUCAGAGAGAAAGAUAAAGAGAGAGAGAGCAUGAAUGUGUUUCUCUAUCCCACUUCUUGUCUACCCCUGCUUAAGUCAAUUAGAAGUCGGCUGCUGUGCCGUUAUUUACUCUUAGCUGGCUUCGUGCAAAACACCAUUUUUUUAAAAAUAAAAAAACCUCUUGUUGAUAAAUAUUUUUUUUCUGUGCUUUCAUUCCAGCAUUUUUCUCUACUCCCCUCUCCCUGGGUGUGUUCGGUGGUGGCGAGGGGGAGGGGAUGUUGUUGACAGAAAUCUUAUCUUCUACUGUCAAGAAGUGAGAGUUUUGAUAGGAAUAAAAACAUUGUAAAUGAUGGAGAGUGCUAUUGGUUACUGUAUCAAAGUACAUCUGCUGCUAGUCAUUGAUGCCAUUGUGACAAUCCUGCACGUCUUCUCGGUCAGGUCCUUGCUGUUGUUGUUUUGUUUGUUUUGUCAGCACGCUUUGCGCGACUCUCAUCUGUAAUGGAAGUCGACAAUUACCCCGUGGUAAAAAAAAAAAGUUAAUAUUUAGUGUCACACUAGUUUCUUGUGUUUCCUAUUUCUAGAAUGUAAAAACUUUCUGGAGUACUUAGCAUUUGCAGCAUCCUUAAUGUCUAGAAUCAUUGCUGUUGUUUCUACCCCAGUUCAGACUGUAAACAGCUACCUGAAAUAAUGUGUGGUUAAUGUUCUCAGUGGCUUUGUACGCACGCACAAUAAAAAAAAGUAUGCAACCAUAUAACACAAACUGUGCACAAAAGACAUUGGAGGUACUGCUCAGGGGAGGAAGCAGUUGUAUCAGAAACCCCUUGUGAACAGAUAUCAUAUACAGUGUCCCGAGACGAGAUCUGAACCAGGACCUCUUCACUGCAGGAGGGAGUGUCUUAAUCACUACACUACCGGCCGCCCCCCAGUUCUGCAUUUCUGACAAAGUGCACGUGCAUUCAUAUAAGUACAGUGGUACUAAUAAAUAGUUCUCUCUGUGUGUAAC